AAAAGCUCGCUGCAGUGAGCACCUCAGCACAAACUCUCUGACUCCACCUGUGGACGAGCAAGACAAAUAUCUCUGAGAGAAGACAUGGUGUCAAUCAAAGCUGCGGUGAUGGUGAUCACACUCCUCACGUUUUGCCUGCUGGCGACAGAGACAUCUGCAGUGAAUUACGCAUGCUGUCGGAGAUACAUGAAAUUCAAACUCCCAUUCCAUGUAAUCCGAGGAUACUCUGUCCAGACUCGUAAAGAUAUGUGUCCAAUCGAUGCCAUCAUUUUCCACACGAAAAGAGGUCAAGCAUGCGCCGAUCCUACUCUGGGCUGGGUGAUGGACUAUAUUGACCGAGUCAGGACUAAAGCACAAAUGGUUCACAACAAGAACCAAUAGGUGUAGAAACAGAUCUUGAAGAUAAACAUCCUGCUCACCGAGGGGAGACGGUGUGAACGCAGCUGAACCAGUGGACUCUUCCAAUCUCAGCUCGGCCUGGUAUCCAGAAAUCCAUGAUGUUUCAUAGUCCAAUAAUUCAACUCAACUCCCAUUUAACUAAAUUGCUCAUCAUUUUAAGGAUUGUCAUGCAAAGCAGGCAUCAGCUCAAUUGUUAGCAUUGUAUAUAUGUAUAUAGAUAUUUGUAUAUGUGAACGUUUUUUAUUUAUAUUUAUAUAUAUAUUUGUCAGAGAAAAGCAAUAAAGUUUUAUGAAAAAAAAAGAA